AUGACUGCUUCAAUUCAAAUUUCUGCCACUCUCAUCUUCCUAUUUAUCUUCCACUUUUUAAGAGGUUCAAAUUCAGCGACAUUUACAAUCGUAAACAAAUGCAGCUACCCCGUGUGGCCGGGAAUUUUAUCCGGCGCCGGAACGGCGCAACUCGCCACCACAGGCUUUGCUCUGCAACCGGGCGAGUCCAACGCCGUCGCCGUACCGGCCGGUUGGUCCGGUCGCCUGUGGGGUAGAACGCUAUGCUCCACCGACUCCGCCGGAAAAUUUUCCUGCGCCACCGGAGACUGCGGAUCCUCCGCCGUGCAAUGCAGAGGUGGCGGUGCCUUGCCGCCGGCGACGCUGGCGGAGUUCACGUUGAACGGCGCGGGGGGACUGGAUUUCUACGACGUGAGCCUGGUUGACGGCUACAACCUCGCCAUGACGGUGGAGGCCCACGGCGGCGGCGGGAACUGCACGGCGACGGGGUGCAUGGCGGAUUUGAAUGGAGGGUGUCCGGCGGAACUGAAGGUGAAGAUGGCGGCGGGUGGUGAGGGCGUGGCGUGCAAGAGCGCGUGUGAAGCUUUUGGGGAUCCACGGUAUUGUUGCAGUGGGGAAUACGCUACACCUCAGACAUGCAAGCCAAGCUCCUACUCGCAGUUGUUCAAGAGCGCGUGCCCACGCGCUUAUAGCUACGCCUAUGAUGAUGCCACCAGCACCUUCACUUGUGCCUCCGCGGAUUACCUCAUCACUUUCUGCCCCUCGCCCUCCAAAAGUUCGAUAAAAUCAGGGAAUGGGAAAUUCCCAAUUGCAGUGGACAUCUCAGUAGGCCAUGCCCACAGAGAUAAGUCAGCCAAGGCUAUGACAGUAGCUACUGCCGCUCUUCUACUGACAAUAUGGUGGCAACUCAAUUAG